AUGGCCGGGGAUCUGUUAGCAGAGCCAAGGGGCCCGGGAGGAAGAGGCAAAGGAGCCGAACUCCAGGCCCACCCGGGACUCCUCCCCGCGGGUGACAUCCGGCCUCCUCAUUCCGAGACCGCUCCCCAUGUCACCAAAUCUCAUCGUAGGGAGGGAGCUCGGAUAGGCAGCCUGCAGGAGCGCCUGGCCCGCGCGGGCGCCGCCGGGGUCCGCUUCCUCAUAGUCAACCACAAGUCGGCCGCGGCCCAGGCCCUGCACGGCGAGCUGGAGCUCCAGGCCCCCCGGGGCGUGCCCGUCUACAGCCAGCGGGGGCCCAGGCCCGACAUCUGGGGGCUCCUCGGAGGGGCCAAGGACGACUUCCUGGUCUAUGACAGGUGUGGCCGUCUGACCUUCCACAUCCAGCUGCCCUUCAGCGCCCUGAGCUUCCCCUUCGUGGAGGCGGCCGUUCGCUUCAGUCACCAGAAGGAUCACUGCGGGAACUGCUCUUUCUACCCCGCCCAGGUGAACGGCACGGACCAGGCCGAGUCGGCAGCCCAGUCCCCCAGCCUGGAAGGAGGGCAGGGGUCCCCGAGCAAGGGGCCCGGCCCCCACCGGCCGACUCUGCCGUCCGGCUCCCCUCCCCCGGCCCAGGCCCGUGGGCCCGACCGCAGCCCCGGCGAGCAGCCGCCUCCCAACCCCCCUCCCCACAGCCUGGAGCUGCUUCCCCACGAGCUGGCCGUCGCUUAACCUCCAUGGGGGGCACGGCCGGCCCCCCCCCCGGCUCCCAACCCCGCCCCCCCCCGGCCACUGGCCCAUUCUGGAGGGACCACCGAGGUGUCCCUGAGGUCGCGGUCACCAUGGGGGUCUGCGUCCAUCAAGGCCGGGCCUUGGCAAGCCCCGGACCUCACCCACUGCCCUCCCUCCCUCCAUUAAUGACGCCCGCAGUGCAACCCCGAGAAGCGGCCACGGCGGGCUGACGCCACGUAGGGAGGAGGGACGAAGAAGAGUCUGUCAUCCACCCCCAGGGGUGACCACAAGCCAGUGGGGGCCCAACCAGUGCCGGGGGCUGGGGAAAUGACCAAUAAACUCGGCUGCCUGCA